AUGUCGGAAGCUGGAGACAGCACGCAUAAGCGAUCCAAGUCCGCGGCGGCCCUCUCGCUGCUUCGUCGCAGAGAAACUCGGGAAGACGAAUCCGGCUCAGAAGACGGUCGUUCUGCAGCCGGCACCGCCUCUCCCAAACCCUCAUCGAGACAGACUGGCACCCCAUUAUCCCAUCAAACUAGCACUCGCGGUCACAACUCGAAACUUUCAACGACAUCCGCGAUGCUUAACAGGGUUCCAUCUGCGCAAUCGCCUGCCACGGCAUCGAAGGCUGGUUUGGUUCCUGGCCAGGGUGCUAGUUUGGAGCAGUCCGUUCGCAAAUUCAGGGUUGUUGAAGCUCUGAGAAGCGGCGAUACAGCUUCCAUCUCUAAAGCGAUUCGUGAAACUGCCGAUAACGCACCCCGACCCAGCACCUCCUCCGUCGCAACCGUCAGUACCGGACCUCUCGAAGACACCACUAUACUGCAUUUGGCUAUUCAGUGCGCUGAAUUCCCGGUUAUUGAAUUCGUUCUGUCGGAGAGUGCUGGCAGCGUCGACAUAAAUGCCAGAGACAAAGACGGCAACACCCCACUGCAUAUCGCCGCCAUUCAGGGCCGAACUCCAGUUGUGAAGCUCUUGUUGGAACAAAAGGACAUCAAUGAUGCGAUUGUCAACCUCCAAGGCAAGCUACCACUUGACUUGGCCAGAAGCCCAGAAAUUUUUCAAAUUCUUCAACUCUCACGCUCUCUUUUCACGGAGGCCAAAGUGAAACAGGUUCAGGAGUUGAUUGCUCAUGGCGAUUAUGACACUCUGGCCCAAGUGCUUGAAGAGCCUCGACUGAAGACCGUGGUGGACAUCAACAGUCCCGAAUUUGCUUCGGAAGCUGUUACUGUUCAAACCGGCGGCACACUACUGCAUGAAGCGGCGCGAAAAAAGAACACGCAACUCAUCCAGAUUCUCUUGCUGCAUGGUGGCGAUCCAUUCCGCCGUGACCGCAAGGGCAAACUCCCACAAUCCAUCACUCACGACGACAAUGUUAAGGCUAUUUUGAAAAAGUCGCCCGCCGCCGUUGCAGCUCAAAGAGGAAUUCAAGAAAAGGCAGUCCUCGGUCACGCUGCAUCUCAAGGUAACGCUACUGCUGGCCCAACAGACUUGAUGGCUGGGCGCGAGGCUCGUGAGAUGAAGGGGUACCUGAAGAAAUGGACCAACUACCGCAAGGGUUACCAGUUGAGAUGGUUCGUCUUGGAGGAGGGAGUGCUCAGCUACUACAAGCACCAAGAUGACGCUGGUUCAGCCUGCCGUGGUGCAAUCAACAUGAAGAUUGCUAAGCUGCAUAUGAGCGCCGAUGAAAAGACCAAGUUUGAGAUCAUUGGCAAAUCAUCCGUCAAAUAUACACUCAGGGCGAACCACGAAGUCGAGGCUAAGCGAUGGUUCUGGGCACUCAACAACUCCAUACAGUGGACCAAGGACCAGGCCAAAGAGGAAGAAAAGCAGGCGGCUCGCAGCGCCGAGCUCCUCAAGAUUGCCAAGGCUGAACAAAGCACGCUUUCGCUUCAAGAGACACACAGCGAGAGUGCGAGCCUGUCAGAUUUACAACGUAGCACGUCGCAGCUGCCGAGCCGGACCACGUCGAACAAUAGGAUGUCACCACCAAAGGCUGACUUGGCAGUAGCGAGCACCAUUGGCAGUCUAGAUGACGAUGAGUUUGCAGAUGCAGCUACAGAUGGCGAUAUCUCACGCAUACACGGUAACGGAGGCCCGGUCAUCCCUGGCGAGAUUGACGACGACGACGAUUAUGGUGAUGAUAGGAGCAUGCGAGAAGAGCCACGAGCAACCAAGGACGCUCUUAAUAUCACUGCCCAGUCCGCAAAGAUCCAGCUGGAAACCAUGUCUGGUGUCCACACGGCGCUCAUGACACAACUGACGCAGAGCCCUGCUACGCCCCUAUCAGACACACAUGUCACUCAAGCGUUGUCAACUUACGAUGCGGCAAUUCGCAGUUUGUCGGGACUUGUCGGCGACUUGCUUCGAAUUUCCAAGGACCGAGACGCUUACUGGCAGUACCGCUUAGACCGAGAGGCUAAUCUGCGCCGCAUGUGGGAGGACAGCAUGCAGCAGGUGGCUCGCGAGCAUGAAGAGCUCGAAGCGCGAAUGGGCGAAGCGGAGGAGAAGCGGCGACUAACAAAGAAGGCUCUGCGUGAGGUUAUCGAGGCUGGUGGGGUGUCCGGUGCUGGUACGCCAGUAACAGAGGCGCUGGAAGAGGAGAAGGAUGUUACAGCGAAAUCACCCACCAGAACCCUCGGACGCAAACCUACUGCCCUUGACCAGCUUGGUGAACUGUCGGAGAGCGAAUCUGGAGACGAGGACGAAUUUUUCGAUGCGGUGGACGCUGGGCAUGUCGAAGUCACUGAAAUGCCACACGACACUGCCGAGCCUCAGAAGAAGGAUGUGAUUGUGUCUGGCAUUGAUAUCAGCCCUUCAUUCAAGGGUUACGAGAACGGUAUCCGACACAGACUCAAGAUGGAUGCGGACGACCGUCCCAAGAUUUCUCUCUGGGGCAUCCUGAAAUCCAUGAUUGGAAAGGAUAUGACAAAGAUGACCUUGCCGGUAUCAUUCAAUGAGCCGACAUCGCUGCUUUACCGUUGUGGUGAAGACAUGGAGUAUGCUGACCUUCUGGAUCUGGCCGCAGAGCGCACAGAUUCGAUUGAACGGCUUGUAUACGUUGCGGCUUUUGCUGCCAGUGAGUAUGCAUCGACGAUUGGGCGCGUAGCCAAGCCAUUCAACCCGUUGCUGGGGGAGACAUUUGAAUACGUGAGACCAGAUAAGAAUUACCGCUUCUUCAUCGAACAAGUGAGCCACCAUCCCCCUGUUGGAGCAGCGUGGGCUGAGUCGCCAAACUGGGAAUACUGGGGCGAAUCUGCCGUCAAGUCCAAGUUUUAUGGCAAAUCGUUCGACAUCAACCCUCUCGGUACCUGGUUCUUAAAGCUGAGGCCUAUCACGGGCGGAAAAGAAGAUCUAUAUACAUGGAAAAAGGUCACGUCGUCUGUCAUUGGUAUCAUCACUGGAAACCCCACCGUCGACAAUUACGGCCCGAUGGAAAUCAAGAAUUGGACGACUGGUGAGGUGGCCAUCCUGGAUUUCAAAGCCCGCGGUUGGAAGGCAUCCAGUGCUUACCAGAUCUCUGGUAAGGUUCUCGAUGCUGACGGCAACGUACGGGUCAGUCUGGGUGGGCGUUGGAACUCGAAGCUUUAUGCUCGUUUAACCCCCGGAUAUGAGGCGUCAGUCGAUGAAUUGAAGGAUGCUGGACCUUUGCAUAAGGGUGCCAUGAACGACCCAACUCGAGCCUAUUUGGUUUGGGAGGCCAAUCCCCGACCUCAAGGCAUCCCAUUCAACCUGACGCCUUUUGUAUUGACAUUUAACCACAUUGACGACAAACUGAGACCAUGGAUAGCACCGACGGAUUCGCGCCUUCGGCCGGAUCAGCGUGCCAUGGAGGAUGGCGAAUACGACUUUGCUGCUACUGAGAAGAAUCGAUUGGAGGAAGCCCAGCGAGCAAGACGAAGACUCCGCGAGUCAAGUGGUGAAGAGUUUGUUCCAGCUUGGUUUAGUAAAGAAACCUGCGAGAUCACAGGGGAGUCAUAUUGGAAGUUCAAUGGCAAAUACUGGCAGCAGCGCGAAAAGGCUGGACCAAGCGGGGAUCCAAUGGCAUGGGCAGGACUAGAGCCGAUCUUUGAAGACGCCAAGCAAUAG